AUGAAAAGAAAGGUUGACCGCGAAUGCCGUGUAUUCAAUAAAUUAUGGGAAUUGAAGUAUUUUUUUGCGAAAGAUGAAUUAAAGCAGAAAGCUUAUUGUUUAAUAUGCCACGAACAUCUCUCUGUUAUGAAGGAGUAUAACAUUCGACGUCAUUAUGAAACGAAUCAUGCUCCGAUAUAUUCCAAGUACACUGGAAAGCUACGUGAGGAUAAAGUUGAAUCACUGAAACGCACUUUACAAAUUCAACAAGGCCUUAUAAAAAAAAAUUUUGAAAAUAAUGAAAAUGUAACAAGAGCUGGAUACGAGAUAACGAAAAUUAUUUCACAACACGGGAAACCCUUUAGUGAUGGGAUGUAUAUCAAAAAUUGCAUUAUUGAAGCAGUUAAUUGUUUGUGCCCACUAAAUUCUUCCUUAUUUGAUGGAAUAAGUUUGUCGGCGAGUUCUGUAUCACGGAGAACUGAAGAGCUUGGAAAAAAUAUAUAUUUACAAAUUUGUGAAAAGACAAGUAAUAUGUUGUGGUAUUCUCUUGCAUUGGAUGAGUCAGUUGACAUUUCGGGAACAUCGCAACUUCUUAUUUUUAUUCGUGGAGUUGAUGAGAAUAUUUCCAUAACUGAAGAACUGGCAUCUGUUUGUUCUAUUCAUGGAACAACCACUGGAAAAGAUAUUUUUGAUGAAUUGGAACAAACUAUAAGUGACUAUAACCUUGAAUGGGAGAAACUGAGUUGUGUUACGAUUGACGGGGCAAAGAAUAUGGCUGUUAUUCGCAUAAUAAACUUUGUUCGAGGGAGCUCACUUAAUCACCGUCAGUUUAAAGUUUUACUUGACGAUUUUGGAUCUGAAUAUUUUGACUUACCAUAUUACACUGCAGUUAGAUGGCUUAGCUGUGGUAAUGUAUUAAAUAGAUUUUAUAAACUCCGAAGUGAGAUUGAUAUUUUUCUAACCAGUAAAAAUAACUAUUAUCCCGAAUUAUCAGAUCUUGCUUGGCUAUCAAAAUUAUCAUUUUUGGUUGAUGUUACAACUCACAUGAAUGAGCUAAAUCUGAAAUUACAAGGAAAGGAAAACUUAAUUUGUGAUUUCUACAGGAUAAUUAAAGCAUUUCGACAAAAAUUGAUGUUAUUCGAGUCACAACUUGGAGUACGUCAGUUUUCACACUUUUCUUGUUUUAAAAGUUUUUGUGAGGCAAACUGUAAUGAGAUCGACAUUACUUUCCAAAUUGGAAUUAUCAAAGAAUUAAAACAUCAUUUUUUACAUAAGUUUUCUGAACUUGACAAAAUUGAAAGCGAUAUAAUUUUGUUCGAAAAUCCAUUUUCUUGUAAUGUUGAAAAUGUUCAACAUGAAUUACAAUUAGAAGUUAUUGACUUACAAUCAAAUGAACAGCUCAAAGAUUGUCACAGACGGACCAAACUCGCUGAGUUCUACGAAUAUCUCAAGGAUGAUGAGUUUCCGAGACUAAAGAAUUUUGCGAUAAAGAUGAUUUCUAUAUUUGGCACAACUUACCAAUAUUCUCCGCCACCACGUGAAGUAAAUCAAAGUUCUAAGAUAUUAACAGAUAAUCUAGUCUAG